UUACAUGAGACGUGAAUUGGACACUGCUUGGAUAUCUUUCUACAGAGCCCAGCGCAAAUCUGACCUGACACAAUGGAUAAUUCUGGGAAAGAAAAGGAAGCUUUGGCCAUUAUGGCUGAGGCAGACAAGAAGAUGAAAACGUCACAUUCGUUGUUUGGAUCGUUUUUAAGGAGUUCCUCCAAGGUUGAGGAGGCGUGUGACAUGUAUGUGAGAGCUGCCAACAUGUUCAAGAUGGCAAAGAACUGGAGUGCUGCAGGAGGUGCCUUCUGCAAAGCUGCACAACUGCAUUUGCAAGUGCAAAGCAAACACAAUGCAGCCUUGAACUUCAUUGAUGCUGGCAAUGCUUUCAAGAAGGCUGAUCCUCAAGAGGCAAUAAGCUGUUUCUGUCAGGCCAUUGACAUCUACACGGAUAUGGGGCGUUUCAACAUUGCAGCGAAGAACCACAUAUCUAUAGCUGAAAUCUAUGAGUCUGAGUUACUGGACAUAGACAAAGCUGUUGCUCAUUAUGAACAGGCAGCAGAUUACUUCAAAGGGGAGGAGUCCACCAGUGCAGCCAACAAGUGUCUCCUCAAAGUGGCAACCUAUGCAGGUCAGAUAGAACAGUACCAGAAAGCCAUUGAAAUAUUUGAGCAGAUUGGAACUUACUCCAUGGAUACUACCUUGUUGAAGUAUGGUGCUAAGGACCAUUUCUUCAAAGCUGCACUGUGUCACUUCUGUGUGGAUAUGCUCAACUGCAAGCUGGCUGUACAGAGGUAUGAAGAAAUGUUUCCUGCCUUCUCAGAUGCCAGAGAGUGCAAACUUCUUAAGAAACUUCUUGAUGCAUAUGAAGAACAGAAUAUUGAUGCAUACACUGAAGCAAUUAAGGAAUUUGACUCAAUCACAAGGCUUGAUCAAUGGCAGAUCGCAAUGCUACUGAGAAUCAAGAAGACUAUUCAGGAUGAUGAGAAUGACCUUCGCUAAUGUGAAGUCAUAAUUCCAAGCAGACUGCAUAUU